CUUCGGCUGACAUCUUCCGGGUCGACUCAAAUUCGGCCGUGCACACGAAAAAAGACACCGACGAGACCCUUGCAAAGGAGGAAGUGCUCUCUGCGCGGCUGAGCUCCUACUGCUGUGUGUGUGUGCGAGCACCAUGGCCAGCCUCCUACGCGUGCUUGUGGCUGGCUCCUCGGCCCCUGUCCUCAGCGGGGUGUCUUGUUUAAAACUGCAACAUGCCCCAACUAUCAAAACAUCAUGCGUACGAUUUUUCAGGAUCAAUCACGCCCUCGGAAGAUGUGCCAGUCCAGGAAUUCCAUACAAACAACUCACAGUUGGCGUCCCAAAAGAAAUUUUUCAAAAUGAACGGCGUGUGGCGCUCUCUCCCGCUGGUGUCCAGGCGCUUGUCAAGCAGGGCUUCAAUGUUGUCGUGGAGACCGGCGCGGGAGAAUCUUCAAAGUUUCAAGAUGAGCAGUAUGCCCAGGCUGGAGCUACAAUGAAAGACCUUAAAGAUGUAUUUGCAGCCGACGUGUUGGUCAAGGUCCGUGCUCCUGUUUUCAACCCGGACUUGGGCAUCCAUGAGGUCGAGCUGAUGAAGGAUGCGGCCACUUUAGUCAGCUUCAUCUACCCGGCUCAGAACCCCGAGCUGAUGGACAUGCUUUCUCAGAAGAAAGCCACCGUCCUGGCGAUGGACCAGGUGCCCCGAGUCACCAUCGCCCAGGGUUACGAUGCCCUCAGCUCCAUGGCGAACAUUGCAGGGUACAAGGCCGUCGUGCUAGCUGCGAACAACUUUGGUCGCUUUUUCACAGGACAAAUCACUGCAGCCGGGAAGGUGCCACCCGCUAAGGUGCUAAUCAUCGGUGGCGGAGUGGCUGGAUUAGCAGCGGCCGGCAGCGCCAGAGCCAUGGGGGCCAUAGUUCGAGGCUUUGACACAAGGGCUGAUGCGUUGGACCAGUUCAAGUCUUUGGGCGCCGAACCGCUCGAGGUGGACUUCAAGGAGUCUGGAGAGGGUCAAGGAGGCUACGCCAAAGUAAUGUCAAAAGAGUUCAUUGAGGCAGAGAUGAAGCUGUUUGCCAAACAGUGUCAGGAGGUGGACAUUGUCAUCAGCACCGCGCUCAUUCCCGGUAAGCGGGCCCCCAUCCUUAUCACCAAGCCAAUGAUAGAGAGUAUGAAGGAUGGAUCGGUGGUGGUGGACCUGGCAGCUGAGGCCGGUGGAAACAUCGAGACCACGGUCCCGGGGGAGCUGUCUGUAUACAAUGGUGUAACCCAUAUUGGGUACACAGACCUGCCCAGCCGCUUGCCCACGCAGUCCAGCACGCUCUACUCCAACAAUAUCACAAAAUUGUUGCGCGCCAUCAGUCCAGACAAGGACAACUUUUACCUUGAUGUGAAGGACGCGUUUGACUUUGGGACCAUGGAUCAUGUUGUCAGAGGCUCUGUUGUCAUGCAGAAUGGAAAGAUCCUCUUCCCGGCACCUCAGCCCAACAACAUGCCCACCGCCGCUCCCCCCAAGCCCAAGUCUGUCAAGGAGCUGGAGGCCGAGAAGUCUUCCCAAAUCUCUCCCUUCAGGGCGACGCUCACUUCCGCCGGCGCGUACACCGGAGGCUUCACCACGCUGUUAGGUUUGGGUUUGGCGGCUCCCAACGCCGCCUUCACCCAGAUGGUCACCACCUUCGGCUUGGCGGGCAUCGUGGGAUACCACACCGUGUGGGGUGUCACCCCGGCGCUCCACUCGCCGCUCAUGUCCGUGACCAACGCCAUCUCAGGUCUCACGGCCGUGGGUGGUCUGGCCCUGAUGGGAGGUGGCUACACCCCAACAAGCACGGCGCAGACACUGGCUGUGCUCGCCGCCUUCAUCUCCUCAGUCAACAUCGCUGGUGGUUUCCUGGUGACUCAGAAGAUGUUGGACAUGUUCAAGCGUCCCAACGAUCCCCCGGAGCACAACUACCUCUAUCUGCUUCCGGCCGGCGUGUUCGUGGGCGGAUACGCCGCAGCGCUGCAGUCGGGAUACAACAUUGAGCAGAUGAUGUACUUGGGUUCCGGAAUGUGUUGCGUCGGCGCCCUGGCUGGCCUGUCUAACCAGUCCACAGCCCGCUUGGGUAACGCUUUGGGUAUAAUGGGCGUCGCCGGCGGCAUCGUCGCCACUCUGGGCGCACUCAAGCCAAGUCCCGAGCUCCUGGCGCAGAUGAGCGCCGCAAUGGCCGUCGGCGGAACCGCCGGUCUGACGAUCGCUAAGAGGAUCCAGAUCAGCGACCUGCCGCAGCUGGUGGCCGCCUUCCACAGCCUGGUGGGUCUGGCGGCCGUGCUGACCUGCGUGGCCGAGUACAUGGUGGAGUACCCGCACUUUGCCACGGACCCCGCGGCCAAUCUGACCAAGAUCGUGGCCUACCUGGGCACCUUCAUCGGCGGAGUCACUUUCAGCGGCUCUUUGGUGGCUUACGGCAAACUGCAAGGUAUGCUGAACAGCGCCCCCUUGAUUCUUCCCGCCCGCCACGCCCUGAACGCCUCUCUGAUGGCCGGCAGCAUCGGUGGGAUGAUCCCUUACAUGCUGGACCCCAGCUACACCACGGGCAUCACCUGCCUGGGCUCGGUCUCCGCUCUGUCUGCCAUCAUGGGAGUAACCUUAACCGCGGCCAUCGGCGGUGCCGACAUGCCGGUGGUGAUCACCGUGCUGAACAGCUACUCGGGGUGGGCCUUGUGCGCCGAGGGCUUCCUGCUCAACAACAAUCUCCUGACCAUCGUCGGCGCCCUCAUCGGAUCGUCUGGCGCCAUUUUGUCGUACAUCAUGUGUGUGGCCAUGAACCGCUCGCUGGCCAACGUCAUCCUGGGGGGCUACGGCACGUCUUCCACCGGUACCGGGAAGCCCAUGGAGAUCACAGGGACGCACACUGAGGUCAACGUGGAUCAGACCGUCGACAUGAUUAAAGAGGCCCAGAGCAUUAUCAUCACUCCAGGUUACGGUCUUUGUGCUGCGAAGGCACAGUACCCCAUUGCCGAGUUGGUGAAGAAUCUCAAAGAUGCUGGCAAGGACGUGCGGUUCGGUAUCCACCCCGUCGCCGGCCGUAUGCCCGGUCAGCUCAACGUGCUGUUGGCCGAAGCCGGCGUCCCUUAUGACAUUGUCCUGGAGAUGGAUGAAAUCAAUGAAGACUUCCCUGAGACCGACCUGGUCCUGGUGAUCGGCGCCAACGACACGGUGAACUCCGCCGCCCAGGAAGACCCCAACUCCAUCAUUGCCGGCAUGCCCGUGCUGGAGGUCUGGAAGGCCAAGCAGGUGGUGGUGAUGAAACGCUCGCUGGGUGUGGGAUACGCCGCCGUGGACAACCCCAUCUUCUACAAGCCCAACACGGCCAUGUUGCUGGGCGACGCCAAGAAGACGUGCGACGCCCUGCAAGCAAAGGUCCGCGAGGCUCAGUGAGGCGCGCUCCGCCAUCGCCCUUAAAACCCCCCCGCCCCCACUCGCACAUAAAGGGAACCACACAGAGGCCGGGCGACAUGGCGUAAAUUUUUUUUUUUUUUUUUUGCGGCAGUCUCGUCGACGACGUCACGUCACCAUUAGAGAAAUGGCAGCGAUUAGCGUACACGUCACGUUUGUGCCGUUACAUAUUUUAAUGUUUAGCGUUUAGAUGAAGGAAGGGUCUGCCAUUUAGAUUGCGGCGAUCCACAUUGAGUGAAUUACAUGUUAGAUGUGUGACAUUACACUCUUAGGAAAUAGAGAUUGAAACUCUCAUGCAUUUUUUUCUCUAAUAUUCGAGAGAGUGACAUUUCAGAGAACGCCGCACCGUCUUUGAUUUAUUUUUUGCCCCCCUCCCCCUUUUUUUUUUUUCGACAAUCCCUUUUGAAUGGAUCAAAUUACUGCAAUGCUUCUGAAGCACGAGGGCAGGUAAGCCCAUUUUCAUGACUGGCAGGAAAACAAAAGCAAUAUGAUCAAAACCGUUUUGUAAAAAAAAUAAUUUUUUUUACAGUCUCGUACUGUAUUGAGAAACGUUGAAGAAGUCAUCAUCGCUUUCAUGAAUUACAAUUUGAUGGCCUCGUCGUGGACUUUGUUCUUCACUGUCCAACCGAAAGAUUUUGAUCUGUGAAAGCAACAAAAGACAUAUUUCUGCGAACUCGGAUGAACCUGAAGAAUGUGAUUUUUUUUUUUGUUUUUUUCAUGGAGAGCGAUGACAUCUUGCCGUCAGAUAUUUCAGCUCACUUGCGUGGAUAAAUUGUAACCGUUUUUCAAGAAAUGCGUAAUCUGGCAUUUAUUAUGUCCGUGUCGUUGCGUUUUAAGUACGUUUCACAGCGAGAUUGUUUAACAAGUCCCAUUCGGUUAAGCAUUCGAGACAUGUCAAAGCCCAACUUUUUACUCCUUUAGGCUGGAUUUACAGUGCAGCUCCAAGUAUCCAAAUGAUUUAUUUCACGAUUCAAUUAAUAUGUAUCAUAUGGAAAUGUUAAAUUGGAAAGCACCGCAAUUUAUUUAAGAAAUAUUUGAAUUUAAAAGUUAAAUACAACUGAACUGUACUUAGGCCGUGAUUCUUUCCCAUACCACUAGAUGGCGUACCACUAUUUGAGAACCAUUGCAAUCCAAAGAUCUGAUUCGGUGCAUUUUUGUUUUUCCCUUCGACCCCAUUUGUCCUAAUUGAGCGCAAACAUUUCAAAUUUAUCACUUGAAUCGUGCGGUGUCAAUCCAGCUUCAUUCCAAUGUGCGCCGUCACAAUGAACAUUAAAUACACCGGAGAAGAAAUGUUGCAUCGUUUGGAACGCUAGAUGUUAUUUUUCCUGGUUUGAGGAACAAUAAAGGGGGUGGGGGGGGGGGGAGUUGCUCCAUUUCAAGUCUUUUGUAAAUGUUCUGUAAGAAGACCUGCUAGUGUGUACGAACCCCUGCGACCCUUCCGCCAUCCGUUUCUCUCUACCUCUUCACACACACGACCAAUAGCGUUUUCCAUCGGACCAAUCACGUCAUUUCCAUACUUCAUUUUUUUGGGACCCCGUCGUCGUCUUUUGUGUCUCGUCGAACCGCCUGACCUCAGUUUUGCUGCAGUCUAGUUUGAGUCGUUGGCGAUUGUGCGCUCACAUGCAUGACAACUUCCUGGAGUUGUCGGCAUUGUUGGCGGAACAAUUCGAGGUUGUUGCCCAUUCUUACGAAAAUCAUCAUUUUACUGUAACUAGGUCAAUUUGCAUAUGUAUGUUUUCUGGUGCCCCCCCCCCACCCCCCUCAAAGGAAAGUAUUUUUGUAAUGUGGCAUUUGUGAAGCACAGCUAGCGGGAUUGGAAGUUUGAAUGCACCAUGGUAAGGAAACGUACUGUGGAUGUUCUUUUCCGCUUUUGUUUAUCAUGGAGCAUCAUCCCUCAAAAAAAAAAAAUAAACUUGUAUUUACACGAA